CGUCACCCCUCCGACCCUCCUCCCCUGUCUCCGCGUGCGCCACAGCGCCAAGGUCCCUCGUCAAUCGACGCCAGGCCCGACCCAAUCCACGUGCGAACGAGAGUUGGACGCCAUCUGCCCUCGCCCGCGAUGGCGCACCCGAUGCACGGCUCCGGGCCGCUCCGAUCCAGGAACGCGGCGAGCUCGGACGAGAUCCAGCUGCGGAUCGAUCCUGUUCAUGGGGAUCUUGACGAGGAGAUCGACGGGCUGCACUCGAGGGUCCGCCUAUUGAAAGGGGUUGCUCAGGAGAUAAAUUCUGAAGCCAAGUUCCAGAAUGAUUUCCUUAACCAACUGCAAAUGACCCUUGCAAAAGCUCAGGCUGGUGUAAAGAAUAACAUGCGAAGGUUGAACAAGAGCAUUAUCCAGCAGGGCUCAAGUCAUGUUCUCCAUGUUGUCCUCUUUGCGCUGUUCUGCUUCUUCGUUGUCUAUCUCCUGUCAAAGUUCUCUAGAAGAUAGUUCUGUUGUCGGUGGCAUCAAAUCUAGGAUACCGUGAGUUGUAUGUAGUCUAAAGAAAAAGAAUGUGACUUUAUAUGUCUUGAACAAACCAGAAAAAGAAAAGGAAAAUUUGUACCGUUCUAAGAUCACUUCUAACCUCAUCCAUUGAUCUGUAUGACUGAGAAACUUUUACAAUUGCAAGUCACAUUCAGCAGUAUCCAA